AUGGGUCAGUUACUCUCCCAUCCUUUAACUGAGAAGACGAUAAUAUACAAUUCUUACUCUACGGAAACACAUUUUCAAUUGCAAGUACCGCAGCAACAAGAGAGUCUGAAACCUCAAAAUUCCGGGGAACGUCGUCACCGUCAUUUACAUUUGCGUCGUCAUAGCCACGAUACUAAACCUUGUGAUGCAGCUCCUUCAGCGUCGAAGGGAGCUAAUAACUCAACUUUGACAUUACCGAAGGAGGCUCGGCAUAUACAAUUCUAUAACUGCGUGGGAUCUAUGCAGGGUUACCGUUUGACUCAGGAGGAUUCACACCUAGUGGCUAACUGCGAGAGCCAGUUAGUAGUUAAGUUCCGCAAUCCUUUAAAUGAUGAUGUUGUGGAAACGAUCUAUCUUUCGGUAUUUGGUGUAUUUGAUGGUCAUGGUGGUGAUGAGUGUUCUCAGUAUUUGGCUACAUCCGAGCAGGGUUUACUCAAAUGGAUAAAAUAUAGCUUUGAAAACCAUAAAUAUGGGAGUGCUUUAUCUAAAGCAGAUACCAACGAGUCUAAUGUGCGCUGCUUUAAAACUUUACAAGGACUUAUUUGUCAAAUAUUAAAAGAUUCGUUUACAUUGCAAGAUCAGGAUCUUCAUGGUCAUUUUGCAAAUGCUUCCUGUGGCUCUACUGCUGUAGUUGCCGUGAUAGUUAAUGGUAGUACACUAUAUGUUGUCAAUUGCGGCGAUUCCCGUUGCAUACUCUCUUCCAAGAGUAAAUGUAUUAAGACAAUGUCUUUUGAUCAUAAACCUCAACAUAUUGGUGAGCUUAUCCGCAUAAAUGACGAUGGUGGCACAGUAUCAUUAGGUAGAGUGGGGGGUGUAUUAGCCUUAAGCAGAGCUUUUGGCGAUUUCCAGUUUAAAAGGAGCGUUGCAUACAAAGACUCGCAACUCAAUAAUCCAGUUAUAAAUAAAAAGUUCGUCCCCUGGGCAGAAGCACAAGUAACUGUUGAACCAGAUUUAUUGGUACAUAAGAUAGAUUAUUCCAGAGAUGAGUUUUUGGUAUUAGCAUGUGAUGGAAUUUGGGAUAUAUACACCAAUAAAGCGCUUGUACAAUUUAUCAAGUAUCACCUAACACUCGGAUCAAAGUUAGACGAUAUUGUUACGAAGAUGUUGGAUCAUGGUAUAGCACGUGCAGAUUCGAAUACAGGUGUUGGUUUUGAUAAUAUGACUGUUAUAGUUUUGAUUUUAAAUAGACCUGGUGAAACCUUAGAUCAAUGGUAUUCUAAGAUGAAAGCAAGACUAGAAAGGGAAAAGGGUCUCUUCUAA